AUGAGUUGCCCGAUGCCGGAAAUCGGUUCCUGCAUCUCAUUGAUAUCGAAGGCCGAUAUCCGUUACGAGGGUUUAUUGUUCACCGUCGAUCCUGAGCGUUGUACGAUCGCUCUUGCGCGAGUGAAGUCGUAUGGCACGGAAGAUCGCGAAACACAAUUUCCAAUCGCUCCGCAAAAUCAAUGUUACGACUACAUCCUCUUCCGCGGGACGGAUAUUAAGGAUAUUCGCGUGAUCAACAAUAAUCCGGUUCCGAAUGAUCCAGCCAUCAUGCAGAUGCAUCUGCCUCCGCAGCAAGCACCGCAGAUGCCGAUGCCGGGCAAGCUGGGGCAACCGAGCUACCAGUCACCGCAAGGUUUUAUGAUGCCGCAAAUGGGUGGUCCGGCCGGCGGACAACCUGGUCCAAUGGGUGGACCGCAGGUUUCCGGUGGACCAAUGGGAGGUCCGCCUCCACCGGGACAUGCUCCACAGAUGGGAGGUGGUACCGGUGGACAACCGUAUAAUUCCUUUGGUGGAAUGAACAAUCUCGGAGGAAAUGGAUCGCGUGCGGGUACGCCGAGUAAUAUGCUGUCGCGUAAGAGCCCCACCGUUGACAUCGCUGUUCAGACAAAUCAACAGCAACAACAACAUCAGCAACAUCACUCGGGUCAGCAGCAGGCACAACUCUCGAUGAUGCAGCAGAACAACCGAGAUGGUGGCAACAACAACCAACGUAAUAAGAAUAACAAUCAACGGGGUAACCAACAGAACAAUAAUUUGCGAGAGAGGCGCGAUUCUGGCAAACAGCAGCAGCAGCAACACCAGCAGCAUGGUGUCGAUAAUCAAAUGAAGGAUAACUUCAAGCCAAGGCAGCAGCAUCAGCAACAGCAGCAACAACAAGGUAAUCAGAAUCGCGGUGGAUGGAAUAACAAUCGCAACAACCAUCAGAACCAAAACAAUGGCGGUAACAUCGUUCGUCGUCCCCGUGGAAACAUUGGUCAGCCGCAGCAACAACAGCAGGGUGGUGCCGGUGGGGCUGGUGGGCAGCGUGCCAAGAAUUUGCUAAAGUUUGAAAAUGACUAUGACUUCGAACAAGCCAAUAACAAGUUUGAAGAGCUUCGAUCGCAACUAUCUAAACUUAAGGUGGGCGAAGAUGUGAAGCCGGAGCAGAUCACUAGCGAAACGUUGGAUAAGAAAGACGACUCGGGCAACGAAACUGGCGCUGGCGAGCACGAACAGGAAGAGGAAGAUGUUAUUUGUUACGACAAGGCAAAGUCUUUCUUCGAUACCAUCUCUUGCGAAGCCGUCGAACGUGCAAAGGGCAAGCAACAGCGCACGGACUGGCGUCAGGAGCGUAAAUUGAAUACGGAAACAUUUGGUGUCGGAUCGACCAGGCGUGGCGGAUACAACCGACGAGGUGGUUACUUCAACCGUGGUAUAAACUACCAUCGCGGUGGAAAUAAUUAUCACCGUGGCGGAAAUAACUAUCGGGGACGCAGUACGAACCGUAACAAUCAGCUGAACGGUGGUGGUAUGUCCCGAUCGGGAGGGCAACAGCAGAAUGCGUCUGGCAACAACACUAAUGUCGGUGGUCAGCCACAAUCGAAUCAACUAUCCUCGACCACUUCAACUGGCCAGGAGCAGCCGCAACAGCAGCAGCAACAGCCUGCGGUUAUAGAAGUGGCAGCAGGUAUGCGUAAGCUCAAUUAG